AUGAUUAAGAAUCUUUGUGAAGUGUGGUUCGGGUAUCAUAAGUUGUUUGCUUCUGUUCCUCGUAUUCAUAAGAAAGAGCCUAAUUUCCAUAGGAAACCACCUAAGGUGGAGAAGAAACGGGAGAAUGUUUCUGUUUCAUAUGCAAAUGUAGUAAGAGGUGCUUAUAGUAAGAAAUCUUUAUCUCACAAGGAAGAAUUAGCCAUUGUUCUUGAAUCUGGGAAUAAUGUUAUUGAUAAUUUAAGUGUUCCCCGACGUGCUUGGAGUAGGAAUUCUUUUAGACAUAUUUUGGCCAAAUGGGCUUCAAUCGCCCAUCUUGAUGAUAACAUUGGAGAAGACGUGUACAAAUCACGUGUUUGUAUUAUCACCACGUUUCUUGGUAUAAUUUCUGAAGUGAGUAAAGUUAGUAUUGAUGGUGAAAUAUUCCCCAUUCGUAUCAAUGAAGCCCUUGAUUGGAAUCCUACAUUCGUGCGUGAGUUCAACAAUAUUGAUAAUGAUAAUGUUGAUGCUAUUCACCGUUUUGAUCAAGAACAAGAUGGUAGCAAUGAUUCAUUACUUGAUAAGGAAGAUGUCUCAUUCGAUCCUUUUGGUAUUUAUGAUGCCUAUUCACAGCCAAAAGUCCUGCCGAUAGCAGCUCAAGCUGUCGAUAUUCAGACAUCCCCUGUUGCUGUCAAAAUUGCGAUAGCAGCUCCUGCUGCUGUUCCGGACGCUACCUCGACUGCUUGA